CUCGUUCAUUUGCCAUGUUUCAGCAGACUUGUGUGCCCUUUACCAUUAAGAUCUGUCUCUUAGACAGAUGCACAGUUCAUCUAUAUGGAAGCGAGGUGGAUGACAUCCUCCCCCCCACCCCGAGUGCUGGUUUCGGUUCAGGUGUUCUGAGUAACAGUUAGCUUCCCUCCCCAGUGUUCGGUGCGAGAUACCCUUUUCGAAAUCCGCCUGGGUCCUGCGUGUGGCACUUUUCUGCUUGCAGUCGUUUUGUCCCUCUCAAAUGCUUGCGUGCUUUUAGGGAGCUCUUAAAAGGCCAGGCCUUAAGCUAGUUAAGCUUUGAGGCGAGCCGGAGCUGUGAGAUAAGAAUAGAACGCAUCUUUUACUCCGGGAGCUGGGGAGGCUGUUUCCAGCUGCUUCCAGUCAUUGAAAUCCUGAAAGCUCUCUAAUCCUCGCGGAGGCAGCCCCUCCGGCUCCCAGGGCCCACCCCCUUCUCCUGAUUGGCGAGGCUCCUCCGGGGCCCCCGCCAGCCACCUACGACGUCUCUGAGACCCAAUUUGAAAUAAGAGCCAGGCGGUCCCCGCUUCCCUGCGCCCGACUUUUCAUAGGCUGGGAAGCGAAGCUUGAGAAACUUGACGUUGUCUUGGGCAGAGUGCGUGUAGCAACAGAUCAAAGGAAAAAGGGGAAGAAAACGUGUUCUCAGCUGCCUGGCGAACUCGCUGAGUUGCUUUUGUCUUGCGGGCUUCUGCUGGCUUUGGUGUUUCCCCUCGGAAGACCGCGGCGUGGGCUUCCAGGCGGCUCGCUCCCUGCUGGAUGGGUGAUGGAACUCUAAACAUGAGGCAGAUAGCUGAUCAGCUUCCUUGGAUUUCGCUGAUGACCCAGGAGAGCUUUGCCUGAAGAUGGAAACACUGGAGUCGGAGCUGACCUGCCCUAUUUGUUUGGAGCUCUUCGAGGACCCUCUCCUGCUCCCCUGCGCACACAGCCUCUGCUUCAACUGCGCCCACCGCAUCCUGGUGUCACACUGCGCCACCAACGAGUCCGUGGAGUCCAUCACCGCCUUCCAGUGCCCCACCUGCCGACAUGUCAUCACGCUCAGCCAGCGAGGUCUAGACGGGCUCAAGCGCAACGUCACUCUCCAGAACAUCAUCGACAGGUUCCAGAAAGCCUCAGUGAGCGGGCCCAAUUCCCCCAGCGAGACCCGCCGGGAGCGGGCAUUUGACACCAACAGCAUGACCUCGGCCGAGAAAGUCCUCUGCCAGUUCUGUGACCAGGAUCCUGCCCAGGACGCCGUGAAGACCUGUGUCACUUGCGAAGUGUCCUACUGUGACGAGUGCCUAAAAGCCACUCACCCGAACAAGAAGCCCUUCACAGGCCACCGUCUCAUUGAGCCCAUCCCGGACUCGCACAUCCGGGGGCUAAUGUGCCUGGAACACGAGGAUGAGAAGGUGAAUAUGUACUGCGUGACCGAUGACCAGUUAAUCUGUGCCUUGUGUAAACUGGUCGGGCGGCACCGAGAUCAUCAGGUGGCAGCUUUGAGUGAGCGCUAUGACAAAUUGAAGCAAAACUUGGAGAGUAACCUCACCAACCUUAUUAAGAGGAACACGGAACUGGAGACGCUUUUGGCUAAACUCAUUCAAACAUGUCAACAUGUUGAGGUCAAUGCAUCACGUCAAGAAGCCAAAUUGAUGGAGGAAUGUGAUCUUCUUAUAGAGAUCAUUCAGCAAAGACGACAAAUCAUUGGAACCAAGAUCAAAGAAGGAAAGGUGAUGAGGCUUCGCAAACUGGCUCAGCAGAUUGCAAACUGCAAACAGUGCAUCGAGCGGUCGGCAUCACUCAUCUCCCAAGCAGAACACUCUCUGAAGGAGAAUGAUCACGCGCGUUUCCUACAGACCGCUAAGAAUAUCACUGAGAGAGUCUCCAUGGCAACAGCAUCAUCCCAGGUCCUCAUUCCUGAAAUCAACCUCAAUGACACAUUUGACACCUUCGCCUUAGAUUUUUCCCGAGAGAAGAAAUUGCUAGAAUGUCUGGAUUACCUUACAGCUCCCAACCCUCCCACAAUUAGAGAAGAGCUCUGCACAGCUUCCUAUGACACCAUAACCGUUCACUGGACCUCCGAUGACGAAUUCAGUGUGGUUUCCUAUGAGCUCCAGUACACCAUCUUCACUGGACAAGCCAAUGUUGUGAGUCUGUGCAACUCGGCCGAUAGCUGGAUGAUCGUGCCCAACAUCAAGCAGAACCACUACACGGUCCACGGGCUGCAAAGCGGCACCAAGUACAUCUUCAUUGUCAAGGCCAUCAACCAGGCAGGCAGCCGCAGCAGUGAGCCUGGGAAGUUGAAGACGAACAGCCAACCAUUUAAACUGGACCCCAAAUCUGCACAUCGAAAGCUAAAGGUGUCCCAUGAUAACUUGACAGUAGAACGUGAUGAGUCGUCAUCCAAAAAGAGCCACACGCCCGAGCGCUUCACCAGCCAAGGCAGCUAUGGCGUAGCUGGAAACGUGUUCAUUGAUAGCGGCCGCCAUUACUGGGAAGUGGUCAUAAGCGGAAGCACGUGGUAUGCCAUUGGCCUUGCAUACAAGUCAGCCCCAAAGCACGAGUGGAUUGGCAAGAACUCUGCUUCCUGGGCGCUGUGCCGCUGCCACAAUACCUGGGUGGUAAGACACAACAGCAAGGAGAUCCCCAUCGAGCCAGCCCCCCACCUCCGGCGCGUCGGCAUUCUGCUCGACUACGAUAAUGGCUCCAUCGCUUUCUAUGAUGCCUUGAACUCCAUCCACCUCUACACUUUCGACAUCACAUUCUCGCAGCCCGUGUGCCCCACCUUCACUGUGUGGAACAAAUGUCUGACCAUCAUAACAGGCCUUCCCAUCCCCGACCAUCUAGACUGUACAGAGCAGCUGCCCUGAGCAUGUGGAGCUGGUUUCUGGGGGAUAUAAAGGGUGGUGGCCACCAUUUUGGGGACUGAGAAAGCACAGGCUUCCAGAAUGUGGUUAAAUCUCACAAAAAGCAUCCAGAAAUCAGCUAAGAUAGGACUCCCAUUGGGUGAUUCCCCCCUUUCACUGUGUUUUGUAUUAAGUACAGGCUUUAAUAAUUUCUUCACCCUGUUUUUGUAUUUACAGGAAAAUUUAUAGAUUAUUUAUAAUAGGAACAUAACCGGGGAUUACAACUCUUAGGAAUUCUCUGGUUUUGCACAUUAGGAGGCCUGUAAGUUUUAUCAGUUCUUGACAACCUUUAUUCUCAGCACAAGUCUCUGAGCUUGAGAAACAAGAUCUUUUGUAGUUUUGUGUUUCUCCACCUUCUCACAUCCUCUUUCCUACAGAUCUCAUGGCAGGUCCUGUCACCCCAACACUAACAAUAUGCCACUAUUUUCAAACUAAAAAAAAUAGUUUUGAACCUAGUAGGGAAGUAAGUGGGCUUUCUGACUUGGUUUCUUGUGAAGCAUUCGGCAAUGUCAGAAGGAUUUAUGGAUCAAGUAGGAUGGAGACAGCAACACAGAAGAGGGAAAGACUUGACUUGGGAGCCGGGGAUCUGCUAUUGCAAAACCUGUAAUUACUCUUCCAUGGUUUGUAGGAUGAUGCUGGGAGAACACGAACAAUGAGAUUGCAAUUGAAAAAAUUCACCUUGGAUCCUACUGAUGAUUGAAAAAUUCAGGCCGAUUUGUGUUUUCUCGGAAGUGGGAUUCUGUGUCAUGAUAGAAAUCUAUUUCCUUCUUCCUUUUACUAGUUUCUUUAGGCCUGUGAAGUUUCUUCAGUAUGUUUACUAGCUGUCCUGUGUCCCACUCCCCCUGAAUAAUUUUUGUCACUGGGGCUGAGGAAAUAAACAUUUUCUGUCACAAAUGGCAGCACCACUUUGGAUCGAUUUUGCUCUCUAGGACAUCAACAUAUAGCCCCAACCACCAAUACCACAUCCAACCAUAAGUCACCAAAAAACAUUUGUAUUUAUGAGUUGGUAAUGACAAGGGACAUUGCAUAAAGUACUCUUCUCUAGUAUACGUGCUUCAAAAGUUAUAAUAAACAGACCUUUAAACACAUCUCGAAAGAUGUAGAAGUCCCUCUAUAUUCUAGUAUAGUUAAAUAGAGUUGUAAGAAAACAAAAAAAUCAAACUCACUAUUCUCAUUUUGGAACCUGCUAGUAGAACCUGCUAAUGUCAUGUCAGAUACAAUGCUCAGUGUGCUGACCUAAGACAUUGGAGUGGUCCAUGACAUAAGGCUUUUUUGCCUUCCCUGGUGGCUCAGUGGUAAAGACUCCACCUGCAGUGCAGGAGACCCAGGUUCGAUCCCUGGGUCGGGAAGAUUCCCUGGAGAAGGGAAUGGCAACCCAUUCCAGUAUUCUCGCCUAGAGAAUCCCAUGGACAGAGGAGCCUGGCGGGCUACAGUCCAUGGGGUCACAAAGAGUCAGAUAUGACUGAGCGACUGACACUUUCACACUAAGCCAUCCUUGGACUCGAACCAGGAAUCUGGCAAUGGUUCUACCUUGAUGAAGGGCAUGACAUCUCUCAACCAUUUCAUUGCUAAAAUUUAUCUGGGCUGCUAGGAUGGCCGUUUUGACAGACUGGGGGAUUUAGACACUUUUUAUUGGUUUUGUUUUUGAGCAAAUCAACGAAUUGUUUCUUUAAAAUUCGUUCACCGACCCACUGUUUCAGCAUCGCAUUAUGUGAUCAUGAGUCUGGGUUUCAGGGGCAGCUUCCCCAGGGCUUCUGCCUCUACAAUGGCAGAUGCACUCCUUUUUCUUAACAGAUAGAUUCUAUAUAUUUACUAUAUUAUUUAUACCCAGAUGAAUAUUUUGAUAGUGACUUAGAACAAUUUCACAUCUAAAAGAUGGAUGCCUCAAUGGAAAAAAACUACUCAGUCUCUGCCAACUUAAUGGAAUUUUUUUCUUUUUACAAGAGAAAAACAAUGUGCAUUAGGCUUCCCUGAAUAUACCAAAAGGGUUGGCUUAAUAAUUUUUACAAACUUUUUUGGUAGCUGAAUAAUGGAUAUUUUCAUGCACUUUGUACACUAACAGGUUUUAAAUAAAAGGGUCUAAAACUCAGCUUCUGAGAUUUUUUAAAUCAUGGUCUCCAGGUACAAUAAAUUCUCCAGUUUGCCUUAUGAUGUUAAUCUAAAGCAUUUAUGAGGACAAUAUUGCCAUGAACUAUAAUGCUUUUUCAGUAUAAAGAAGUUACUACUCCAGUUUUCACUGCAAGCCAUUUAGGUUAUGUUUUGGCUAUUUUUAUAAGGAUGAGGGAUUAUGUUAUCAUUUUGUUGUGGAAGUCUCACUCUUUGCUAACUUAAAAACAUUGUGGAUUGUAGCAAUUACUAUUUCCAUGUUGUCAUAUUUACUGGAAAAUAUGUAUAUGAUGAAAGGCCACAGUGUUUACUUUCAUUACUGUAAUGAUGUAGACAAAAUUUCCAUGUGGAUUUUUUUUUGAAAGUCUGAAAAAUAUAUGCUAUCAACAUUUGUUGCAGUAGAAUUCUUUAAAAGGAUUGGGGGCACGGCAUUUUGUUUUGAGAUUCUUACUUCACAGAAGGCAUCACAAUACAGGGGAAGAACAGCUGGCAGUGCCAGUUAAAUUAAUACACAAAAUUGAUGCAACGCCAACCAAGGCUUCCAGGUCCAACGUCGUGGGUGUGUGAACACUGCUGGCACCAUCUUGAAAUGCUCAGUAAUGCCUGGACGAGGGGUUCUACAUUUUCGUUUAGAACUGGGCCUCGCAAAUUAUGUAGCCAGUCCUCAAAACUGAACUCUGAAACAUGGUACCUCUCUCCUGAUGGAUAGAAAUGAAGAACCCUGAAUCCACCAUCACAAGUGGCUGACAAUAUAAUUCAAGUAGGAAUCUAGAUGGAUUAAGAUGGAGAGUGGGCUUGGGUGAAGAUUUUCUUUCUGGCUUUAAAAGAAAGUGACUUCAAAAACUGCACAUGUUGAUGAGAGUUUCUGCUGGAGAAGAGGCAAAGGCCUGAGGACCAACAGGCAUUUUAUUAUGGUACUGAGAUCUCGAGACUUUCUGAGGAACCAAACCAGUGCCCCCCAGCGAACAUGGAAUUCCAUUUCAGCUCCAGGCACAUGGGCAGUGCCUGCAGAAACACACACAUGUCUGUUCGCAUACAUGUGCUUUUGGUGUUGGGAACCAGAUGAUCUGCUCUACCCUUAUAAAAUGUCUUUAAAAAAAAAAGGAUACAAAGAUGGUAAUGGGAAUGGGAGAAUGUUUUUAAAAUAGUGCUUCUGAACAUGGGGGCAAUCUGGCAGUGUCUGGAGUCAUUUUGGGUUGUUGCAACUUGGGAAAGGAGGUGCCCCCAGCAUCUAGUGGGUAGAGACCAGAAAUGCUGCUCAACAUCCUAUGGUGUACAGCACAGCCCCCAUGACGAAGGAUUAUCUGGCCCAAAAUAUCAAUAGUGCCACAAACAAGAAACUCUUACUAAUUUUUAAGCAAAACUCUCACCAAUUUUUUCUUUUCCCUCGUGAUUGAUUCAAUGCCUGGUAUAUCAAAAAAGAAACCGGGCACCAAAACCUUCACCUUUAAAAAAAUAUUUACAAAAUUGUUCAGAAAAUCUGAAAGGUAAUGCAAGCCUUUGUAAAUGGGAAUCCACUGACAAGUGUCACAAAGAUGCGGAUGUGAUUUGCUUGGUCGGGAAAUGAAAGUCUGUAUGCUGCUCUUUUCACCCGAACAAGUUCAGUUCCUGGUACUUGAGUCAUGCUGUCACACCCUCAGCCCAAGCUCUCCAUUGCUGUUGCUUUCUGGUUUAAAAUAAAAUCACUUUUGUGGUUCCCACGCC